UUUCGUCGAUGGCCACCACCGUCAAAAUUAAUUUCGCGAUAUUUGCCGCUAUUUUUCGCCGUCGUACAGCGAUCUCGCGUUUGACAGAUCGCACGUCAUGUGUUGCCGGAUAAACAUAGAAGCACGAUUAUCAUUCCUUUAAAAGGACGGUAUAAAUGUUCGAUUCGACGUACCGUGUAUAUCUGUGUAUCAUCGACAAAAAAUUGGUUCUCCGGAAAAAAAAAGAAACGUGCACCACCGUGUACAUACGGAGGAUUGCACAAGCAACGCCGACAAUUAUUUUAUAUUAAGAUUCCAAAUCAUGUCAUCGAUUGUAAAUCAGUCGUAGCGAGUCGCUCGCCCACUUUCUCUCUUGAGACUCUAUAUUGCACGCAUUGACAUGGUGAAGAUGGCAUAUGCACCACUACCUAAGCUUAUACCCAUUAAUGCGUCCAACAUGUGUCCGAACAACAUGACGAAAGUCUCUUUAUGCGAAGUGUUGCAAUCAGAUCCAGUAAAACGUCUUUUUAAUCAACCAAACAUUAUUAUUAAGACAAUUCCUCUAAAUUCAGUGGCUGAGCUUGACAAGAAUAUAUUUGAUAAUAAGAGAAAUGGCAUGAACGCAAUGACACUGAAACCACCUGCAAUAUCAAUAGUUCCUGUGAGGAUACCUGAUGAAGAAAAAGAAGAUGCUAAUCUUCUGCCUUCAAAAAUAGAGGACAAGAAAUCGGAAAUUGCUUUGCUGCCUGUUAAAAAAAAAUUAUGUGGUCACUAUGAACCGUGCGAGAACAUUAUUUGCGAUGUAAUAGUGCAGCAGUACGUAGAUGAUGACAGAGUAUCACCUAUGUUAGCAGUGAAUAUAGAAGAGGAAGAAAUAAACGCGCCAGUCGGAAAGCACUGCAAAAACGAAUAUUGCGACGCGUUGAGUAUCGAUCAUAAUCGUUGUCGUCGAGCGUCAAUAAAGUUACAUAGAUGCGAUAAAUCUCGUGCAUGUGAUAUUUGUGGGAUAACGUUGGAAGGACGAAAAUCUCGGAUAUAUCACAGGAAUUGCACAAGGAAGGACGAGUACAGACACAACAAUAUAGAUAGAGUGCAUUUGUUAAAGGAAAGGAUGCGCGAACGUGAACUGCAAAUUUUAGAAAUUACGAAAAUGAAGAGAAACGAUUACUCGGACCCCGCAAAAGCGAUGGAGAUUUUGCGGAAGAAUGAGGAGAUAAUAAUCAUUCCAAAAACAACGCCUAGUCAACAACCGAUCAUUACCAUAACUUCAAUACCCACCACUCAAUCGAUUGGGACUAAUGCAUCUAAUGCUCAACCUAUCAAAAUUAAUUCACAAGGAAAUAACUUUGCGAAUAUUCUUGGAAGUGUGCCCCUCACGAUUUCACCGCAAAACACAUCGUGUCCGAUAGAAAGCAAAACGCAAUCGAUAAAUCAAGUUGGAUUUUCAAAUUUGCAACAAUCGUACGUGACAUCUACAUCAACACCUAUUUCUGUUCCUGUCUCUUCUGUUCCUGUUGCUACUUCUGUUCCAGCUUCAUCUUCGCAGAAUCAAUACGUUCAUAUGGCAACGUGUUUGUCUCAAACUACUAAUAUUCAAUCUUUGUCGAUAAACAAUUGGGUCGUGUCACCGUCGCACAUUUUGACCACCCCGAUUCAGGCUAAACCGUUUUCGAUGCCGAUACGCGUGGUGCCUAUAACUAACUUGAUAACUGCGCCAUCAUUGCUACAUCGGACACAGGGUAUUCCCAAAUUCUGCAUCAUGGCGGAAAAUGUAACACCAGUGACUAUACCAAAUCCAUCUUCGCUUCAGCCCGCUGCUAUAGUUACUGCUAAUGCCGUUAACACUUCUACAACUACUUCUGUUACUUCGAACACUAUUACUACAACACAACAAAAAGACACUUCGAAAGUUCCGAUACAGCACUAUUCGAUACAAAAGUUGCAAGGAGAAAAGAUCUUGAAAAGGAAGAAGACCUUUUUUUGCGAUUACUGCUCGAAACAUUUCAGCACGGACUGGUAUUUUAAAAUGCAUAUCGCGAAGCAUAAAGGUGUAAAACUCUUCUUCUGCAAUCUUUGUGACGAAUCUUUUAGUAAUAAGUACGAUAUGAAGAAACAUAUGACUAAACAACACAGUAGUCAAAAGGAUAUGUUUACGACUCAUCAGUCAAAGGAAUUUUCUUGCAAUAAAUGUGAUUAUGUUUGUAAAUCGUUAAUUUUCUUCAAAAAUCAUAUUAAAACACAUGCAACAUUGAAUUCUGAUAAAGUAAAUAUCAAAGUGAGGAAACAGAAAUUAAAAUCCUCUGAAGAAAAAGUAAACCACACAACAUCAGUACAUGAUUCAAAUAGAAAGGACAUGAAGGAAUUAAGCCUAGAUGAGAAAGAUAUAUCUAGUAAUUUGAAGAAUAAAGUUUCUGUUGAAACGACACAAGACAAUGUCAAGAAUUUCCAAAAUAUAGUCGUCAAAAACGAUGAUGACAUAGAUUUAAAGACGAUUAAUGAGAACGAUAGUGCGAAGUUGAAUGGAUUUACAUUCGUUUCCAUAGAAAAAAGUCUUCAUCCCAAGAAUUCCAAGCCAGAAUCUAUUAUCACGUCGUGAUAAAAAAUUCGUGCAAUAUAUUUUAUUUAUAAAAAAUACAAGCUAGACGAUUAUUUUUCGAAGUUUGAUACCAAAAAGCUUGGAAAAAUAGAAAUAUAUGUGGAAAAGAGUAUUGGAGAAAGUAUCCUAUUGAUAACCAAAAAGCGUUAAAUGUAAAUGUUGAUAUGUGUUUUGUACAAUGCGUGAGCAAGAUAUACUUAUAUUAGAAUUAAUAUUGUACUCUUUGCAAAAGAGUAUGCAAGAGUACUGACAGUGUUCUUCAUGAUAGUUGCAUAGCUUAAUGAUGUGGAAUAUUGUGAUAUGAAUUUCUUUCAAUGCAAAGGAUUCUUAUUUACUUGCAAUCGCACUUUAAACUGUCGUGUAAAUAAAAACCGCGACGAAUAAAAACUGCCCAUUUUCUUUUCCGCAUAAAAGAAAACGUUUAUAGGGAGAGUAAUAUUUGAAAUUUUAUUUAUUUAUACAUGAUAAUUUAACAAAAUGGUUUAGUAAAAUUUUUAAUAUCUCGAUUGUCAUAGCCAUUAGUUAUAUUUACGUUAGUAAUUUUUUCGUUACAUUCCUGUAUUAAGUAUAAGAUAUUAGGUAUUAGAUUAGGUAUUAGAUA